UUUAAAACGAAAGCAAUUCGAAAUUUUCUUCAGAAACUUGUAGUUUUUUGUCAAGAGCAAAGCAAAGAAAAGCAAUUGAAAUAGAAAAGUUAGUGCUGAGGAAGAAAAAAGAAAUAAUUUAUUAAAAAUUAAAUUAAUUGUAAAACAAAAGGAAUUAAAAUAAAUAUUGUAAAAAAAAAAGUGAAAAUCCAAGUUAACUUUGAAAAACAUUUUGUAAAAAAAAUCAAAUUUGAUUGAUCACCAAAAAAUUUUAGUCUGUGUUAAUUUUGAAGGACAAAAAUAUAAAGCAUCAUCAUGCAAAUUUUCGUAAAAACUUUGACUGGUAAAACCAUUACAUUGGAAGUAGAAUCAUCUGAUACUAUCGAAAAUGUUAAAGCUAAAAUUCAAGAUAAAGAAGGUAUUCCACCAGAUCAACAACGUUUGAUUUUUGCCGGAAAACAAUUGGAAGAUGGCCGUACAUUGUCUGAUUACAAUAUUCAAAAAGAAUCUACUUUGCAUUUAGUAUUACGUCUCCGUGGUGGAAUGCAAAUUUUCGUAAAAACCUUAACAGGCAAGACAAUUACUUUGGAAGUAGAACCAUCAGAUACUAUUGAAAAUGUAAAAGCAAAAAUCCAAGAUAAAGAAGGUAUUCCACCAGAUCAACAACGUUUGAUUUUUGCUGGUAAACAAUUGGAAGAUGGACGCACAUUAUCUGAUUACAAUAUUCAAAAAGAAUCUACUUUACAUUUAGUAUUACGUCUCCGUGGUGGAAUGCAAAUUUUCGUAAAAACCUUAACAGGCAAGACAAUUACUUUGGAAGUAGAACCAUCAGAUACUAUUGAAAAUGUAAAAGCAAAAAUCCAAGAUAAAGAAGGUAUUCCACCAGAUCAACAACGUUUGAUUUUUGCUGGUAAACAAUUGGAAGAUGGACGCACAUUAUCUGAUUACAAUAUUCAAAAAGAAUCUACUUUACAUUUAGUAUUACGUCUCCGUGGUGGAAUGCAAAUUUUCGUAAAAACCUUAACAGGCAAGACAAUUACUUUGGAAGUAGAACCAUCUGACACAAUUGAAAAUGUGAAAGCAAAAAUCCAAGAUAAAGAAGGUAUUCCACCAGAUCAACAACGUUUGAUUUUUGCCGGCAAACAGCUAGAAGAUGGACGCACAUUAUCCGACUACAAUAUUCAAAAAGAGUCAACAUUACAUCUUGUCCUUCGUUUAAGAGGUGGUAUGCAAAUCUUCGUUAAAACUUUAACAGGCAAAACUAUUACUUUGGAAGUUGAACCAUCUGACACCAUUGAAAAUGUAAAAGCUAAAAUUCAAGACAAGGAAGGUAUUCCACCAGAUCAACAACGUUUGAUUUUUGCUGGUAAACAAUUGGAAGAUGGCCGUACGUUGUCCGACUACAACAUUCAAAAAGAAUCCACCCUUCAUUUGGUAUUACGUCUCCGUGGUGGAAUGCAAAUUUUCGUAAAAACCUUAACAGGCAAGACAAUUACUUUGGAAGUAGAACCAUCUGACACAAUUGAAAAUGUGAAAGCAAAAAUCCAAGAUAAAGAAGGUAUUCCACCAGAUCAACAACGUUUGAUUUUUGCCGGCAAACAGCUAGAAGAUGGGCGCACAUUAUCCGACUACAAUAUUCAAAAAGAGUCAACAUUACAUCUUGUCCUUCGUUUAAGAGGUGGUAUGCAAAUCUUCGUUAAAACUUUAACAGGCAAAACUAUUACUUUGGAAGUUGAACCAUCUGACACCAUUGAAAAUGUAAAAGCUAAAAUUCAAGACAAGGAAGGUAUUCCACCAGAUCAACAACGUUUGAUUUUUGCUGGUAAACAAUUGGAAGAUGGCCGUACGUUGUCCGACUACAACAUUCAAAAAGAAUCCACCCUUCAUUUGGUAUUACGUCUCCGUGGUGGUAUGCAAAUUUUCGUAAAGACCUUAACAGGCAAGACAAUUACUUUGGAAGUAGAACCAUCAGAUACUAUUGAAAAUGUAAAAGCAAAAAUCCAAGAUAAAGAAGGUAUUCCACCAGAUCAACAACGUUUGAUUUUUGCCGGCAAACAGCUAGAAGAUGGGCGCACAUUAUCCGACUACAAUAUUCAAAAAGAGUCAACAUUACAUCUUGUCCUUCGUUUAAGAGGUGGUAUGCAAAUCUUCGUUAAAACUUUAACAGGCAAAACUAUUACUUUGGAAGUUGAACCAUCUGACACCAUUGAAAAUGUAAAAGCUAAAAUUCAAGACAAGGAAGGAAUUCCACCAGAUCAACAACGUUUGAUUUUUGCUGGUAAACAAUUGGAAGAUGGCCGUACGUUGUCCGACUACAACAUUCAAAAAGAAUCCACCCUUCAUUUGGUAUUACGUCUUCGAGGUGGUAUGCAAAUUUUCGUAAAGACCUUAACAGGCAAGACAAUUACUUUGGAAGUAGAACCAUCAGAUACUAUUGAAAAUGUAAAAGCAAAAAUUCAAGAUAAAGAAGGUAUUCCACCAGAUCAACAACGUUUGAUUUUUGCUGGUAAACAAUUGGAAGAUGGACGUACAUUAUCUGAUUACAAUAUUCAAAAAGAAUCCACCCUUCAUUUGGUAUUACGUCUCCGUGGUGGUAUGCAAAUUUUCGUAAAGACCUUAACAGGCAAGACAAUUACUUUGGAAGUAGAACCAUCAGAUACUAUUGAAAAUGUAAAAGCAAAAAUCCAAGAUAAAGAAGGUAUUCCACCAGAUCAACAACGUUUGAUUUUUGCCGGCAAACAGCUAGAAGAUGGGCGCACAUUAUCCGACUACAAUAUUCAAAAAGAGUCAACAUUACAUCUUGUCCUUCGUUUAAGAGGUGGUAUGCAAAUCUUCGUUAAAACUUUAACAGGCAAAACUAUUACUUUGGAAGUUGAACCAUCUGACACCAUUGAAAAUGUAAAAGCUAAAAUUCAAGACAAGGAAGGAAUUCCACCAGAUCAACAACGUUUGAUUUUUGCUGGUAAACAAUUGGAAGAUGGCCGUACGUUGUCCGACUACAACAUUCAAAAAGAAUCCACCCUUCAUUUGGUAUUACGUCUUCGAGGUGGUAUGCAAAUUUUCGUAAAGACCUUAACAGGCAAGACAAUUACUUUGGAAGUAGAACCAUCAGAUACUAUUGAAAAUGUAAAAGCAAAAAUCCAAGAUAAAGAAGGUAUUCCACCAGAUCAACAACGUUUGAUUUUUGCUGGUAAACAAUUGGAAGAUGGACGCACAUUAUCUGAUUACAAUAUUCAAAAAGAAUCUACUUUACAUUUAGUAUUACGUCUCCGUGGUGGAAUGCAAAUCUUCGUUAAAACUUUAACAGGCAAAACUAUUACUUUGGAAGUUGAACCAUCUGACACCAUUGAAAAUGUAAAAGCAAAAAUUCAAGACAAAGAAGGCAUUCCUCCAGAUCAACAGCGUCUAAUCUUCGCUGGUAAACAAUUGGAAGAUGGCCGUACGUUGUCCGACUACAACAUUCAAAAAGAGUCCACCCUUCACUUAGUAUUACGUCUACGUGGUGGUAUGCAAAUUUUCGUAAAGACCUUAACAGGUAAAACAAUCACAUUGGAAGUUGAACCAUCUGACACAAUUGAAAAUGUAAAAGCAAAAAUUCAAGACAAAGAAGGCAUUCCUCCAGAUCAACAACGUCUAAUCUUCGCUGGUAAACAAUUGGAAGAUGGCCGUACGUUGUCCGACUACAACAUUCAAAAAGAGUCCACCCUUCACUUAGUAUUACGUCUACGUGGUGGUAUGCAAAUUUUCGUAAAGACCUUAACAGGUAAAACAAUCACAUUGGAAGUUGAACCAUCUGACACAAUUGAAAACGUUAAAGCAAAAAUUCAAGACAAAGAAGGCAUUCCUCCAGAUCAACAACGUUUAAUCUUCGCUGGUAAACAAUUGGAAGAUGGGAGAACCCUGUCUGAUUACAAUAUUCAAAAAGAGUCUACUUUACAUUUAGUAUUACGGCUUCGUGGUGGUAUUUAAAAAUUUUUUGGUGAAUUUAAAUUUUUUGCUGAUAAAUUUAGAUUUAUUUUUAAAAUUUUUAUUUGAAUAAAGGAGUUAAAUUGAA